AUGAUGCCCUAUUAUGGAGCGAUUGAUUGUCUUCUGAUCGACUGGUACCCCGAAGGAGAGACGGUGGGUUCUCUAUCUGCUGCAGAACGGGGAUAGAGAGACAGACAGGUGGUGGGGAAAUGGCAGGAGCACAGGAAAGAUGGAGGUGGAGAGAAAGGUGGGUGAGAGGGAGGGGUGGGGGCGUAAGUAAUGGUGGAGAUGAGUGGGGAGGUGGGAGACCGAGAGAGAGAGAAAGUUAAAGGGUUGAUAUCUAGGAUGUGCUGUUUCUCUCUAAAGUAAACCACUCCAGCAGCCUUGUUAAAACCACUCUCCUCUCCACAGACAGAACUCAUCAGCCAUGCAUCAUUAUCAAUGUACACAUUGUAAUCAGACAACCGCAUCUGAAAUUAACCAUAACUCAAGCCUGAGGGCCAUGUUGUCAAAAAUAUGUUUUGGGCAGCGCCAGCUGUAUCAUCAGAACAGCCCCACUCAGUAUUGUCAUCAAGUUUCUGCUCAUGUUCUGACCCACUUAACCAUAACAGACUCUGAGAGAACCAGUCAACACCUCAUCGGUAUUCUAGUCAACAGGUAGGCUACAUUUUCUAUGAGCCAGACAGAGCUUGUUUAUCAGUUCAGUCUGAGGCUCAGACAGGAGGAUCAGAAAGCAUGGAAGUCCCCAUCUGCCCUCAAACUUCCAGAGAGUUUCUUUAAACAUGACACACUCUGAGCUAGACAAUAUAGAGGACCUCCUGGCAAUUCAGUAGAUGAGAUGUGGAGGCGAUGCCAUAGGUGGAUUGUGCCUGCAGAAGUGUCUCCUGAGUAGCUGGCAAACCAUGCACCACUUAGGCAUGGUUGAGUGUGUAAAUGUGUGGUAUACUUUGGUAUUUCUCACUGAGCUGACCCAGUCCAGUGAUAUGAUUAUCUGUGCUGGUGAGAGCCAAAUAUUGGCUAACCCUGUGUCUAUGGCACUCUCUGGUCUUCUCUCUCUCUGCCCCUGAGACCCUGCUCUUCCCCACCUACAUCUGCCAGCUGUUGUCCAUUAUGCUGUUGGAGCGUGUGCUGGCUCAGGGAGGCAUGCGGGACACGCAGCACUCACAUCUCAGACCUCCAGUAGAGAACUGUGUGUGUAUGUGUGGUGGCACUGUGUGGUGACACUGUGGGUGUAUAUGACACUUGAGCAUGUCCUUGUUUGAAAGAAAAUAAAAAAUGUUGUCUAUUAAAAUAACAUCAAAUUGACUAGAAAUACAGUAUAGACAUUGUUAAUGUUGUAAAUGGCUAUUGGAGCUGGAAAUUGCAUAUUUUUAAUGGAAUAUCUACAUAGGCGUACAGAGGCCCAUUAUCAGCAACCAUCAGUCCUGUGUUCCAAUGGCACGUUGUGUUUGCUAAUCCAAGUUUAUCAUUUAAAAAGGCUAAUUGAUCAUUAGAAAGCCCUUUUGCAAUUUAUGUUAGCACAGCUGAAAACUGUUGUGCUGAUUAAAGAAGCAAUAAAACUGGCCUUCUUGAGACUAGUUGAGUAUCUGGAGCAUCCGCAAUUGUGGGUAAGAUUACAGGCUCACAAUGGUCAGAAACUUGUCAACAGUGAAGAGGUGACUCCGGGGUGCUGACCUAGGCAGAGUUGCAAAGAAAAAGCCAUAUCUCAGACUGGCCAAUAAAAAGAAAAGAUGAAGAUAGGCAAAAGAACACAAACUGGACUUUUUCUUUGCAACUCUGCCUAGGUCAGCAUCCCGGAGUCGCCUCUUCACUGUUGACAUUGAGACUGGUGUUUUGCGGGUACUAUUUAAUGAAGCUGCCAGUUGAGGACCUGUGAGGCGUCUGUUUCUCAAACUAGACACUAAUGUAUUUGUCCUCUUGCUCAGUUGUGCACCGGGGCCUCCCACUCCUCUUUCUAUUCUGGUUAGAGCCAGUUUGCGCUGUUCUGUGAAGGGAGUAGUACACAGCGUUGUACGAGAUCUUCAGUUUUUUUGGCAAUUUCUCGCAUGGAAUAGCCUUCAUUUCUCAGAACAAGAAUACACUGACAAGUUUCAGAAGAAAGUUCUUUGUUUCUGGCCAUUUUGAGCCUGUAAUCUGAGUCUGUACGCCAAUGUCUACACUGUAUUUCUGAUCAAUUUGAUGUUAUUUUAAUGGACAUAAAAUUUAAAACAAGGACAUUUCUAAGUGACACCAAACUUUUGAACGGUAGUGUGUGUGUAUAUAUAGUACCAGUCAAGUUUGGACACACCUACUCAUUCCAGGGUCUUUCUUUAUUUUUACUAUUUUCUAAAUUGUAGAAUAAUAGUGAAGACAUCAAAACUAGGAAAUAAUACAUAUGGAAUCAUAUAGUAAACAAAACAGUGUUAAACAAAUCAAAAUAUAUUUUAUAUUUGAGAUUCUUCAAAUAGCCUUGAUGACAGCUUUGCACACUUUUGGCAUUCUCUCAACCAGCUUUACCUGGAAUGCUUUUCCAACAGUCUUGAAGGAGUUCCCACAUAUGCUGAGCACUUGUUGGCUGCUUUUCCAUCACUCUGUGGUCCAACUCAUCCCAAACCAUCUCAAUUGGGUUGAGGUCGGGUGAUUGUGUAGGCCAGGUCAUCUGAUGCAGCACUUAUCACUCUCCUUCUUGGUCAAAUAGCCCUUACACAGCCUGGAGGUGUGUUUUGGGUCAUUGUCCUGUUGAAAAACAAAUGAUAGUCCCACUAAGCCCAAACCAGAUGGGAUGGCGUAUCGCUGCAGAAUGCUGUGGUAGCCAUGCUGGUUAAGUGUGCCUUGAAUUCUAAAUAAAUCACUGACAGUGUCACCAGCAAAUCACCCCCACACCAUAACACCUUCUCCUCCAUGCUUUAAGGUGGGAACUACACAUGCGGAGAUCAUCCGUUCACCCACAACGCGUCUCACAAAGACACGGCGGUUGGAACCAAAAGUCUCAAAUUUGGACUCAUCAGACCAAAGGACAUAUUUCCACCGGUCUAAUGUCCAUUGCUCUUGUUUCUGGGCCCAAGCAAGUCUCUUCUUAUUAUUGGUGUCCUUUAGUAGUGGUUCCUUUAAUUACCGAUUUCUGAGGCUGGUAACUCUAAUGAACUUAUCCUCUGCAGCAGAGGUAACUCUGGGUCUUCCUUUCCUGUGGCGGUCCUCAUGAGAGCCAGUUUCAUCAUAGCACUUGAUGGUUUUUGCGACUGCACUUGAAGAAAAUUUAAAAGUUCUUGACAUUUUCCGGAUUGACUGACUUUCAUGUCUUAAAGUAACGAUGGACUGUCGUUUCUCUUUGCUUAUUUGAACUGUUCUUGCCAUAAUAUGGACUUAGCCCUAUUUGGUAAAAGACCAUCUUCUGUAUACCAACCCUACCUUGUCACAACACAACUGAUUUGCUCAAAGCAUUAAAACUAACUUUUAACAAGGCACACCUGUUAAUUGAAAUGCAUUCCAGGUGACUACCUCAUGAAGCUGGUUGAGAGAAUGCCAAGAGUGUGCAAAGCUGUCAUCAAGGCAAAGGGUGGCUAUUUGAAGAAUCUCAAAUAUAAAAUAUAUUUUGAUUUGUUUAACACUUUUUUUGGUUACUUCAUGACUCCAUAUGUGUUAAUUCAUAGUUUUGAUGUCUUCACUAUCAUUCUACAAUGUAGAAAAUAGUAAAAAUAAAGAAAAAAAACCUAGAAUGAGUAGGUGUGUCCAAACUUUUGACUGGUACUGUAUAUAAUCGUAGGGACUUAAAAUCUGUUAUAAUACAGUUUGUUUGGAUCCUGGAUGCUGAUUGGUUGAUAGCAAUCCCCAGGGUAAUGCCUGUUAACAGUUCCACUGUCCCACAGCCAUGCCUGGUAAUUCAUAAACUUAAUCUCCCCAGGAAAAAAGUGUCUAGCCAUUAUUUCCCUAUGUUACUCGGUUAGCAUUUGGCAAGCAACAGUUGGGCUUAGUCUAAACCUUGCUGCCUUCCUCGCUGACCUGUGCAACAAUGUUGCAGUUUUUUUUGCAAUCUCCAGCUGCCAUAGAGAGAAUGAACAUGAAGAGACUGACAACUUCUGAGCCAGGUGAAUUCAUUUAUCAGGAUCAUUAUAAUGGAUAUAUCCAAAGAAAUGGCAAUAGAAACAAAUGAGAAUGCAAUUUGCGGUCAUUUCAGCUGCUUGGUGUGAUUGUGUGCUAGCUUUAGUUGGUAGCUACUGUAGCCUGCCUGGCAACCUUUAUUGCUUAGAAUGUUUGGAAUGGACGACCAGCUCAUUUGGCUAGCAACUUCGUCAGGUGGAAGGAUGAAAGAAAAUUAAUUGACUAAUGAAAAUAAAUGUUUUAUUGAAAACAUGUAAUCUUAAAAAUAAAAAAAAUGGGGUAACCGUUUUAUAAAAGCAAUAACCCAGGAAUGAUUGUGAAUAUUACCCUCCAAAGGGCUGUUUCCUAAGAACAGCCCUUAGUCGGGAGUUAUUCACACGAUAAUCCCCGGGUUCUCAUUCAGUUGACUCAAGUGUUUUUAAGAGAGGAAACGUACAUUUGUUUUUCAUGAGGUACCUGUCCUAACCUCUCAGGAUGAAGAGUGAUGAGCUCCCACUGAGCCUUUUAUCCUAGAUACUUUUAUUCAUAUACGAGGCACUCAUUUGUCUCCAUCUCUCACUCACAACGCAUUUGCCUGCUGAAUGAGAAUGGUUUGGCUCAAAGAGAAAAGGCUAGGUGUUUCUGUGUGUGAGUGACGACAGAGCGAGCCACAGAGAGUGACUUCAUUCUGCUCUGGUAGGCUAGCCAGCUAGUAAGUGAGGGGCUGCACGUCCCUGUGUAUCCCAGUCUGACAAAUGGGGCCAACGCUGCAGUAAUCAGAUUAGAGGACGUAAAUGACGGGCUGCAAAUGUCCCACCUUGUGAUUCCCACAUUCAUUUUAUUACAGCACUGAGCUAGUGAGAUUACUCUUCAAACAGACCAGCCCGACCAAGAGCUGUCACUUACACCCAGCCAGCCGUGUGUGUACAUUAACCCUUUCACUCCACAGAGGCACUGUGGCUCAAUCCAGCAAACUCCUUAUAAGAUGAUACAGAGAGUGUGUGUUGCUAUGUGGUCAGGCAGGGGCUGCUCAUGGUCAUCAUGUCCUGAGUAAGCUGAGCCUGGAGUUGCUGCUGCCUGCAAAUCUCUGUUUGUGCCCUGGCCUCUACAGGAAACCCAGGAUCAACUCCCAGCUGGUGGCCCAGCAGGUGGCUCAGCAGUACGCGAUGCCUCCCCCGCCCAAGAAGGAGAGGAAGGAGAGGCCUGAGAUGGAGCACGGCCCGGACGGGGAGCUCUUGGACGGGGAGGGGGAGCACCCUGAGGGAGAGCUUCCGGAGAGAGUGAGGCCAGAAGGAGAAGAAGGAGAAGUAGAACCUCCCCUGGAUAAAGACCAGAGGGGGAAGGAGAAGCCAGACAAGGACCAAGCAGAGAAGCCAGAGAAAGAGGAGGAGAAAGAAAUAGGGAAAGAGAUCAGCCCAGCCAGGCCCAUCGCUAAGAAACCCAGCAUCAAAGACAUCAGCCCAGCCAGGCCCAUCGCUAAGAAACCCAGCAUCAAAGACAUCAGCCCAGCCAGGCCCAUCGCUAAGAAACCCAGCAACAAAGACAUCAGCCCAGCCAGGCCCAUCACUAAGAAACCCAGCAUCAAAGACAUCAGCCCAGCCAGGCCCAUCGCCAAGAAACCCAGCAUCAAAGAGAUCAGCCCAGCCAGGCCCAUCGCUAAGAAACCCAGCAUCAAAGACAUCAGCCCAGCCAGGCCCAUCGCCAAGAAACCCAGUAUUAAAGAGAUCAGCCCAGCCAGUCCCAUCGCUAAGAAACCCAGUAUCAAAGAGAUCAGCCCAGCCAGGCCCAUCGCCAAGAAACCCAGCAUCAAAGAGAUCAGCCCAGCCAGGCCCAUUGCCAAGAAACCCAGCAUCAAAGAGAUCAGCCCAGCCAGGCCCAUUGCCAAGAAACCCAGCAUCAAAGAGAUCAGCCCAGCCAGGCCCAUUGCUAAGAAACCAAGCAUCAAAAAGAUCAGGUCAGUGUGUAUUUAUAAAGGAAUAAGAUGUCUGUUCAGUGUUUGUGCAAGCAUCUUUCCUCUCCAGACAUGAACUUUACUAAUAUACUCCUCUGUGUUUUCCUGUGCAGACCCAAGACAGACAUUCAUCAGAGUCCACCCAGCAUACAGUCUGGGGAGUCAACAACCAAGACCAACAACUCUCACAUCUCUAGGUGGGUAAUUCUCCUCUUACGCAUGUCUUCCACUACUAGUACUGACAGUAUCUUACAGUUGACAAAAAUUGUCAAAGACUCCAGUCACCCAAGUCAUAGACUGUUCUCUCUGCUACCGCACGGCAAGCAGUACCGGAGCGCCAAGUCUAGGUCCAAAAGGCUCCUUAACAGCUUCUAUCCCCAAGCCAUAAGACUGCUGAACAAUUAAUAAAAUGGCCACCUGGACUAUUUACAUUGACCCCCCCCCCCCCCUUUGUUUUUACACUGCUGCUACUACUCACUGUUUAUUGUCUAGGCAUAGUCACUUUACCCCUACCUACAUGUACAAAUUACCUCGACUAACCUGUACCCCCGCACAUUGACUCAGUACCGGUACCCCCUGUAUAUAGCAUCGUUAUUGUUAUUUUAUUUUGUAAUUUUAUUUGUAUUUAUUUAGUAAAUAUUUUCUUAACUCUAUUUUCUUAAAACUGCAUUGAUUUGACAUUGUGAGAAUCUGUCAUGGGAUUUAAAUUGGAACUCAUACAAGAUAUUCUAAAAUGGGCAAUCAGCGGUUGCUACAUCCAUUUUUGGACUAAUAAAUUAAUUUUUAUGUACCCAUGGAUUCUUGAAGAAUAUAACAAAUAAAUGUCUCAGGAGCUUAGUUCAACUGUCAAACCCUAUCAGAACCCAAAAUAUAAGCUUGUUUUACGCCAAUGUUUGUAAACAAAGUAAAUGUAAACAUACACUAUAUAGUCUCAAAACAUGGUUAAAAUGAUAAUUUUUGAUAUUAUGGAUCCGUAGCUCUGUAUAUUAAUUUUAGAGUGGUUACAUUUAUCCAGCCCAUUCCUCCGCUUUUUACCGAAACGGGGGUGAGGAGAACACUAUUAUUGUUUCAACUGCUGAUUGCUACUUUAAAGGGAUACUCAGAGUCAGAUUAAUUUAUGGUUACUAUUUUUAUGUCUCUGCAUCCAGUAUGAAGGAAGUUAGAGGUAGUUUUGCUAGCCAAUGCUAACUAGCAUUAGUGCAAUGACUGGAAGUCUAUGGGAGCAUGCUAGUUGUUACCAUAGACUUCCAGGCAUUGUGCUAAUGCUAGUAAGCAAUUGCGCUAAUGCUAGUUAGCAACUUUCUUCAAACUGCACUCGGAGACAUACAAAUGGUAUCCACUAAUUAAUCUGACUGGGGAAGUAGAUAAAGGACUUAAUUGCCAAAAUCACAAAGUAUCCUUUUAAAGGCCAAAUCCGUAGGAAACCUCAAGUGAUUCAUAAAUGGUAUUUCAUGUUCUACACCCACUCUCACUUUCUCCCUCUUACUCCUGGUUGGUCUUGUAGUAUACAGUGAAAUGAGCAGUUGGGUCUAACCACCCACACUGUGCUGCCCACCUCACUGUGGUUGUAGCUUAGUAAGGCAGUUUUAUCAAUGUAAUCCUAACCCUGUGUUUUCCCCCCUGCUGACCAGGCCCAAACUGAAGAACAUUGACCGGAGCACCGCCCAGCAGCUAGCCAUAACGGUGGGGAACGUGACAGUCAUCAUAACGGACUUUAAGGAGAAGACCCGCUCCUCGUCCACAUCCUCGUCCACUGUGACGUCCAGCUCCGGCUCCGAGCAGCGGCACCAGAGCUCCGGCUCCGAGAGCAUGGACAAGAGCUCGUCUCGCGCCUCCACCCCCAAAGGAGAGCUCUCUGUGGGGCAUGACGAGUCCUUCUGA